AUGAAGCCUGACCAGGACUUAUUUGGCAAAACAGCCUUUGUGACUGGUGGCUCUGGUGGGUUAGGGAAAGCGAUUUCCAAUGCCCUUGCUUCCCGAGGUGCACAUGUAACUAUAUUUUCGCGACGACUCGGCCCUCUAGAAGCCGCAAAGAAUGAGAUAGUCACAAAUUGUGCUGAUGCCAGGCGGCAAGAGAUCAAUGCGGUGCCUGUUGAUCUGGCAGAUGCAGGGGCAGUCUCCGAAGCCUUCAAAUCUCAAACUCGAAUCGCCGAUUUCUUAUACUGUUCAGCGGGUGGAAACCAUGCCGAGAACGGUUUCUUCGUCGACCUCAAAGCCUCACAGCUCGAUUCCUGCAUGAAGAAUAACUACUAUUCUACAGCUUACGCCGCAAAAGCCAUGUUGGACAUUUGGCUUGAAGAUGACAAGAAGUCCUCCAGCACCGAUACCCAGAAAGAACCUAAAAGACAUACUACGCGGAAGAUGGUAUUCAUCAACAGUGCAGCAGCGUUCUUGGGCAUACCAGGUAGCGUCGCGUAUACCCCCGCCAAAAGUGCCGUCCGAGCCCUCGCAGAUACCCUUCGCUUCGAAUUCCUCCGUCACAACUCCGCAAUGACGACCUACACGGUCCACAUUGCCUUCCCAGCAGACUUUGUGUCUCCUGGUUUCAGACUCGAGCAAGACACCAAGCCGCAUCUUACAAAGCGCAUCCAAGGAACAAACCUUGCAUCAUUUGAAGAGCUAGAGAAUAAAUUCCCAUCGUCAGAGAAGGUUGCGCUUGGAGUUAUUGCGAAGGUUGAUCUGGGGAGCUUUAUUAUAUGUGAGGAUUCGCUGGCUGCUGGUUGUUUGUUCACGAACAUGACCGGGUUGAGCCCCAAGAGGGGGCUUGGGAUCGUGGAUUCAGUGAUGGGUGUUGUUGUUGGGUGGAUAGUUAUGCCUGUUUUGAGACGGAGAUGGGAACGGAUGUGUAGGGAGGAUGGGGAGAGAAUGUGA